UCUGUCAUCAGCCUUGACGUAUAUCCGCUUCAGUGAGCUCAGUGCUGAGGUAUCGUUUUCGGGUGCAGAGGGGGUGCAGUGUUUUUGUUUUUAUUCCCUCUCUGUAGCCCAGCAGAUGCGUUACCGGCGCUGUCCCGGUUUUCGGAAGUCGAAAGAGCCGCGACGCAUCUGAGGGGGAGGAGAGAGGCCGCGGCCGCACGAUGGACUCGCGGAUGGCGGAGCUCUUCGGUACCGGCUCCGGCUUGAAGUCGGGCUCGCAGGGACUGGCUGCCGGUUCGGGGAACGGGUUCGGGAUGAUGUCCAAAAAGUCGACCUCGAAAAACGGCAAGAAAGCGAAGAACCGGGCGAGCAGAAGCACGAAGCCCAGCAACAACCCGCCGUACCUGCCCCCGGAGGCUGAGGAAGGAAACAUAGAGUACAAGCUGAAGCUGGUGAGCCCCACGCAGUACCGCUUCGAGCACCUCGUGACGCAGAUGAAGUGGAGGCUGCAGGAGGGGCGCGGCGAGGCGGUCUACCAGAUCGGGGUGGAGGACAACGGGCUGCUGGUGGGGCUGUCGGAGGAGGACAUGAGGGCCUCGCUGAAGACCCUGCGCCGCAUGGCCGAGAAGGUUGGCGCUGACAUCACAGUUCUCAGGGAGAGAGAGGUGGACUACGACUCUGAUGUGCCCCGAAAAAUCGCCGAAGUCCUGGUCAGGAAAGUGCCGGAUGACCAGCAGUUCCUGGACCUGCGCGUGGCUGUCCUGGGCAACGUGGACUCGGGGAAGUCGACCCUGCUGGGGGUGCUGACGCAGGGCGAGCUGGACAAUGGGCGAGGGCGUGCGCGCCUCAACCUCUUCAGACACCUCCACGAGAUCCAGUCGGGCCGCACGUCCAGCAUCAGUUUUGAGAUCCUGGGCUUUAACAGCAAGGGAGAGGUGGUGAACUACAGCGAGUCUCGCACAGCAGAGGAGAUUUGUGAGAGCGCCUCCAAAAUGAUCACCUUCAUCGACCUGGCUGGCCACCACAAGUACCUGAAGACCACCAUCUUCGGCCUGACCAGCUACUGCCCGGACUUCGCCAUGCUGGUGGUCGGUGCAAACACAGGCAUAGCGGGCACCACUCGGGAGCACUUGGGCCUGGCCAUGGCUCUGAAGGUGCCCAUCUUCAUCGUGGUCAGCAAGGUGGACCUGUGCACCAAGGGCACCAUCGAGAGGACUGUGCGCCAGCUGGAGCGCAUCCUCAAGCAGCCCGGUUGCAACAAGGUGCCCAUGGUGGUGUCCAACGCUGACGACGCCGUCACCGCCGCCCAGCAGUUCGCGCAGUCUCCGAGCAUCACGCCAAUCUUCACCCUGUCCAGCGUGUCUGGGGAGAGCCUGGACCUCCUCAAGGUCUUCUUCAACAUCUUGCCCCCGCUCAGCAACAGCAAAGAGCAGGAGGAGCUCAUGCAGCAGCUCACUGAGUUUCAGGUUGAUGAGAUCUACACCGUUCCAGACGUGGGCACAGUGGUUGGGGGAACCCUGUACAGUGGGAUCUGCCGGGAGGGCGAGCGGCUGGUGGUGGGUCCCACCGACGAGGGGAAGUUCCUGGGGCUGAAGGUGUGCAGCAUCCAGAGGAACCGCUCCGCCUGCAGGGUGCUGCGGGCUGGCCAGGCCGCCACGCUGGCGCUCGGGGACUUCGACCGCUCGCUGCUCCGCAAGGGAAUGGUGAUGGUCAGUCCAGAGAUGAAUCCCACCAUCUGCUGGCUGUUCGAAGCCGAGAUUGUGCUGCUGUUCCAUGCCAAGACCUUCCGGAAAGGCUUCCAGGUCACCGUCCACGUGGGGAACGUCCGGCAGACUGCGACCGUGGAGUGCCUGCGCGGGAAGGACGAGCUGCGGACUGGGGAGAAGGCGGUAGUGCGCUUCAAGUUCAUCAAGCACCCUGAGUACUUGAAAGUGGGAGCCAAGCUGCUGUUCCGGGAGGGGGUGACCAAGGGCAUUGGCCAUGUGACCUACCUGCAGCCCGUCUCCCUCUACCAGCACCACCCUUAGGAGACGGACGAGACUCCUAGGACACCUCAUCACCAGCCAGUCUGAGCAGAGGGACCUACGUUUCGUUUGACCUGCAUUUGCUCGCCUUUAAUCUGACAGCUAUCAUUACAGAAGCGAUUGUUCUUCACACGUAUGCCUGGCCCACAGCCUUUUUUUACUUGUCUGUAGCUUGGCCAGCUACUUUUAAUUUCAGCCAGCCGAACUUUACGUUUUACACUUGGGUCUCCUUUCAUUUUGCUGUUUUUUUUAAGGUGCAGAUUCUUGUAGAGACUCUCUCUAAAUCCCGUGUGCCUGGGAUUAUGUCCACAGAGAUUAGCCAAAUCUUUAAAUGGCUCCAGAAUCUCAGAUUCAAAAGGUCUUUAAUUUCUGACUUUAAUUUAAUGAAAAGCACCAUUUGAACCCCCAUCAGUCCCUCACAAUGCAGGAGUGGCGUCAUGAGUGGAAGUGAAUGAGUUUUAGCAUAGCGCGUACUGUGGUUUGUACACAAAGUUUUGUUGAAGAACUGAACCUUUCUGCUCCAAAAACUUUGAUAACUUGCUCUGUGAUAUUUACAGUACCAAACCAGAAGUGAUGUAGCAAGAUGGUUUUAAAACAGUCUCUGACCACUAAAACAUCUUCAGUCAGGCUUCCCAUGAAAGGAAAAUUGAGCCUGUGGAGAAAUGGAUCAGUGAGCCACUGAGAAAUAUUGUUUGGGAGGUUCAGCAGCAUCUUUAUGUUAUGCAUGUGAUCAUCAUGGUAACAUAAUUUUGAAGAUGAUUCCUUCCAGCAGCUGUGACUGUUUGAUUCAGUUCAGGCUUUAUUGUCCCCACGGGGAAAUUUGUGUGACUGUGUGUUCUGUCGGACUGUGUGUGGAGUCCUGAGUUCAGUGUUACAGGAACACGUGGCAGCUGGUGUCCUCAUACAGAUUAUUUACCUUUCCUCUCCUUAUGGGUUUUGCUUGGCUGAUCCUCUGCCUGCUGGGUGUUGAUUGAAGUGUUUUUUUCUGUAAGUACCUUUAACCACAGUGGGGAAAGUGUCCAAGUGCAUUAUUUGCUCUGGAUUGUUGUGUUUUCAUACAGAGAAGCAAUCUGUUCUUCUCUAACAUAACCCUUCUUUAAUAGUCAUAUUCCUGUUUAAUCCUGAGCAAAUCUGUCUGCAGUAGAAAACAGUGACCUAACGAAAUUGCUCUGUGGGCACUGUAGAGGCAGCUUUGACUUGUCGAUGUGGGGUGGUUCUGUGCGCUAGAGUCUGCCCCCGACUACUUUGGGAUUCUUGCACUCUUCAGAACUGUGAGUGGGGCUUUGUGCUUCUGGAGAGGUUGCGUUAUACAAGAAUGGGUGAAUUAUUGCCUUCAGUGCCUGAAACAGACCCACAUGAAGCUGUUGUGAUAGCAGCAUGAUGCAGGCUGUGCAGAAAGGCUGAAGGUGCUGUUUUAUAUGCCCAAUACUGUGAUGCAGCCUGCCAACUGAGGUUAUCUACAGAACUGGGCUGUUGUACUGACUAGGCGCAGUUCUUUAUUUCCAUAUUCACAAGUGACUUUGUGUUUUUUGUUGUCUCUAAUUACGUACGCAAUAAAGAACCUUGUGUUUCAGUGAAGGAGAGGCUGCCUUUGGCCCAGUGUCCAGUGCUCUAAGGCCACAGAGCUCCCUUGUCCUGCGGCCUCUGCAGGGGCCUGUCAGGUGCUUUGCUGCAGUCGUUGCUUUCCAAUGUGGAGCAUUGUGCUUGUGCUGGACAGAGCAUCUGCCACUCGUUCAGGAUUCUGCAGCUUCUGAAGCAGGGUUCGUGAGAAAAACCAGUUGUGCAGGUUUUUAGUCCAGUCCAGCUCUCAAGGGGCUGAUCGAACUAAUUAUAGGCUUAAUUUGAGUAGUCUAAAAGAUUCUCCAAGCUCUUCAGGCACUGCAUCUUGGUAGAGACCUAUUUUACACACCUGGAGCUGGGAACAGAAGUAAAAUCUACCUUGACAGCUUGCUUGCUGUGGAAAAAAGUUUCCCUCUUAAGUACUGCAGGUCAAAAUGUGCUGAGUAAUGGAGAACACUUGAAUUGGUGAAUAUGCUGUCUGCCACACUCUGAAAGCCAGCUUUCCUUCAUGCUACAGUGUCGGUCUGCUGUCCAGCAUGAUGUCCUGAGAAUGUCGUUAACAUGGGGUUACCAGCUUAGUCAUGGUGGGGAACUUGAGUUGUGAAGGUACAAUUUCAGCAUUGGAUUUCAGAAAGGACAAACUGACUGAAAGUUCCUCUACAGUAGCGGUACUGCAGUUAUCUUUGUAUUUUCCACCAGUGGAUUGUUAUAAAGGGGAUUGAAAUUACAGUGCCUAUAAAAGAAGGAAUUAUUUUAGAGCUCUGUGGUGUUGGAUUAAUUUUUGUAACGUUCAUGUGGUGCUAUUCUUUAACUCGACAUUGUGUAGGGUGCUUGGGUGGGUGAACAGGACCCCUUUGAGCUCUGUGUGUGUGUCAGGUCUGUGACUGAUGCUGUGGCCUCUCCAUGUGGAGCAUUGCUAAGCCGUGCCUCCCACCUCACUGGAACACACAGCGAACACCAACAGGACUGCUGCAGGAGCUCCUACAUCCCGUUUCUGUUCUUACUGUUCUGUUCUUUUCUGUGUUCUCGUGCAAUGAAGGUAUGCAAACCAAAAAAACACACUUUCAAAAUGUUGAAUGAAUUGCUCAUGUAAACUUGUUUGCAGAAAACUACUUUUAUUCUUGCAUUGAGAAAAUGUUUCUUUGGUAAGAUUUUUGAUCUCCACCCACGUUUUCCAGAAGACUUUUUACAGCAGUCUCCCAUUUCACAAAUAUGAGUCUGCACAAGUUCUCUGUUAUUUUAAUCUUCUUUUGAGUGAAGUUACGGAAAUGUAUGUACAAAAUGCAGUUUGUAUAUAAUGACAUAAAUAGAUUUUUUUAUUGA